CUAACCUGAAGUUAGGUUAGAUAUGGCUGCUCCGAGAUUGUUGACGGCUCUACGAAGAGCUAUAUAUCGCGUUCAAGAUUUUAAUAAAUGUUGUCUGAUAGGUGACGUACGGGCAUUUAAUAAGAAAUCCAUCCUCGAGGAGAACGACGAUGUCGCAUCUGCCAAGCAGCAAAGGCCGAAGACGGUGCCGGUCCCGAAGAUCACGCUGGUGUCACUGGACAACUCGAUGACCGUGACCGUGCUAGAGGAUGCUCAACGUCUGGCGAAACGCCGUAAGCUCAACCUCAUCAAGGUCAACGACUUCGAUAGCAAGACGCAGCGACCGGUCUACAAGCUGAUGAGCAGCUCUGUCUUCAUCGAGGAAAUCGGGGAGAAAGUCGAGGAAGAUCACGGAGACAAGCAGAAAUCCAAGGGUGCUAAACUGCACUACAUAUCUGCGAAAAUUGCUGAGCAUGACCUGUUGACGAAGACCAGAAAUGUGGUGAAAUUAUUAAAUAAAGGGCACAAGAUUAAGAUUGUCAUCACCCUGGACAGUAGUAGUGAGAAUAACAUACGAACACGAAGUGUUAUAGAAGAUGCCCUGAAGAAUUAUGGCAGCAUUCAACAAAUGCCAUCAAAGAAAAAUGUUCUCCUACUUAUAAUAAAUCCCAUAUUAAAUAAGAACAAAGACAAUUCUGUAGUUAAUAAAGAAGGAACUGAUACAACUUAACUUAAGUAAUAAUAUGUGAAAUUGUUUGGAUAUGGGGAGGCUUCUCGAUUAUUUUAACUGAAACAAUUACAAAGUUUGGUCUUAUAUUGAGAUCUGCAAUGCAUGAUAAAUGCCACGAAUAUGAUAUACGUACGUACAAAUAAAUAUUAUUGUUACAAUUGGUCUUUUUCAUGUGCUAACAUAUUUUACUAUCGGUGCUAAUAAGGGAUAAU